CCCGCCUUGUUCUUUAAAGCGCCCAGGAGGCGAGCGCUCGCCUCGGCACAGGAGCUGCAGCCGCAGUAAACGCCGCCCAGAAGGUGGCGGAGCGCCCAGGCAGCUUCCCAGAAGAACCUCGGAAGGCGCAGAGCGAGCCGGCGCCUGCUUUGCCCCGGGCUCCUCCGCUCGGCUUCCGAGCCUCGAGGAGGGAGCGCGCGCGCCCAGCGCAAGGCAAGAGGACCGAGCGCGGGGCUCGGCGGGCAGAGGCAGCGCGGCGGCGCUUUUGCAGCCAAUCUCCUCGGAGCGCGCGAGAGAGACCAUGCCGAAGAAGAAGCCCAUGCCCAUCCAGCUCCACCCCGCGCCCGACGGCUCCGCCAUCAACGGGACCAGCGCGGCCGAGACAAAUUUGGAAGCCCUGCAAAAAAAGUUGGAAGAGUUAGAACUUGAUGAGCAGCAGCGAAAACGCCUCGAGGCCUUCCUUACCCAGAAACAAAAAGUUGGGGAGCUAAAGGACGAUGAUUUUGAGAAAAUAAGCGAGCUGGGUGCAGGAAAUGGUGGGGUGGUCUUCAAAGUCUCGCACAAACCUUCUGGCCUCAUUAUGGCAAGGAAGUUAAUUCACCUGGAGAUCAAGCCGGCAAUCCGGAACCAGAUCAUCCGUGAGCUACAAGUCUUGCAUGAAUGUAAUUCUCCCUAUAUUGUGGGCUUUUAUGGAGCAUUUUACAGUGACGGCGAGAUCAGCAUCUGCAUGGAGCACAUGGACGGCGGCUCCUUGGAUCAAGUCCUGAAAAAGGCUGGCAGGAUCCCCGAACAGAUUCUGGGCAAAGUUAGCAUUGCCGUCAUAAAGGGUCUAACAUACUUGAGAGAGAAGCAUAAGAUCAUGCACAGAGAUGUUAAGCCAUCCAACAUUUUGGUAAACUCUAGAGGGGAGAUCAAGCUUUGUGAUUUUGGUGUCAGUGGACAACUGAUAGAUUCAAUGGCUAACUCCUUUGUGGGCACAAGGUCCUACAUGUCCCCAGAAAGACUACAAGGGACUCACUAUUCAGUCCAGUCAGACAUCUGGAGCAUGGGGCUCUCCCUGGUCGAGAUGGCCAUCGGCAGGUAUCCAAUCCCCCCACCUGAUUCGAAGGAGCUGGAACUCAUGUUCGGCUGCCCCAUAGGGGGCGACUCUCCUGUCUCUGAGGCAUCCCCAAGGCAAAGAACACCCAGCCGGCCGAUGAGCGCUUAUGGCUCAGACAGCAGACCACCAAUGGCUAUAUUUGAACUCCUAGACUAUAUUGUCAACGAGCCUCCUCCAAAGCUUCCCAGUGGAGUCUUCAGUCCAGAAUUCCAGGACUUUGUUAACAAGUGCUUGGUCAAGAAUCCAGCAGAGAGGGCAGACCUGAAGCAGCUGGUGGUCCACACAUUCAUAAAGAGAUCAGAAGCCGACGAAGUGGAUUUUGCAGGCUGGCUGUGUGCCACCAUAGGCCUUAACCAGCCUAGCACCCCAACCCACAUGGGAGGAGUCUGAAUUUGGAGUCUCCAGGGCAAGCAACACACCAAGAGCUCCUGCGGCCGAUUCCUCCUGCUCUUCCCACGCCACCUUCAUUCCAAGUGGAGUCUGACCAGGACUUCCCCCUGCAGGACCCACUGAAAGCAAACUGGAAUGGCGCCUGGUGGAUUUGUGUUCCAAGCUACUUCCUGUUCCAACUGUUUAAAGCUGUUUUGGUCCCGUUUCUCAGAGCUUCUGUCUACUAAAAAAAAAGUCUAUUCCCCAGCCCAUAAACCUCCCCUUUAAAAGUGUCUCCCUAAUUUUAGCAUGUGCCAAAUUCUCCCCCCCCCUUUUAUUUCCUCUUUAGGGUUCUAAAUUAACAGCUGUUGUGUUUUGAUUCCUUAUUUGUUAACUGACCAAACAUGUGAUGCUUUAAGUGAUAGUGAUAUGGCAAAUUUGGCACUGGAUGUUGGGAUAUCCUUUCAGAAGUAGGAAAUCCUGCUGGAGCUGCUUCCUUCUCACCUCUGCUGGGUUGUUUUGACCGUGAGCCUUUUGUGACUUUGGUGGUACUUUCCCCCAAGCCUUGCUUAGCCAGUGUUGCGGGCAGAACAGUUCAGAGAUGCCCCAAGUCAAGUCUCCCCUGAAGCAUGUCUUUGCUGCUGCUAAUCUGAGACUGAAGUUAUGAAUAAUGGCUCUGAUAUUUUGAUUUGUAUAACAGACUCUUGGUAAAUGUGAGUAGGACCCCGUGCUGUAGACUGCUGCCACCCCCCACCCACCCCGGUCAACACAUAGAAAUCUGUUGGCACUUCUAUUUAUUUUUAAGUGUCUUGUUGCAUAUGUUUGGGAUUUGCUUAGUGUAUACAUCUCUCCCCUUCCAGUUAAUUUGGUACAGGCAGCUGCCCGGAUAUGCACAUUCAAUAUGUGUGAGACCAAACCUGGAAGUGACCCGGAAACGCCCUAAAGACAUCACUGAAACGUCAUUUUAAAAGGGCAAGAACGGUGUUUGUGGGCUUUUUCAAUGGGUUUCAAUUAUGCGCAAUUUCACUGAUGCGCACGGUGCCUCGGAACAUAAUCCCCGUGUAAACGGGGGGCUGCCUGUAUCUGUAUUUUGAGAACAGGUGAUGAAAGAACUAUUUCUCUCAGCCAGAAUCAAAGACCCUUUUUGAUGAAUAAAUAAUAAUAAUAAUAAUAAUAAUAAUAAUAAUAAUAAUAAACACAUCAGAAUGGUUUCCCUUCUAGGUCUGCUGAAGUUUGAUAGGACAAAUUGUGCAUACUCAAGUGUUUGAAAAUUCUUUUAAUCAUUUUUAUUAUUUCAGGUGUUUCAUCUUACACUAAUAAAUGUCAUGAAGUUA